CUUAUCUCUUGCUCUAGAUUCACCUUAGACAAUGGGCAACGACCAGUCGAGGUCGUCCGCCUCAAAGGAAGAGGACGAGUCAAACCGGAGAAUCGACUACUAUGAACUCCUUCAGGUAGACAUUGAGGCAACUCCAGACGAGAUCAAGAAAUCAUACAGGAAGCUUGCUCUCGUCAACCACCCGGACAAGAACCCCCACCGCGUCGAAGAGGCGACCAAGCUCUUUGCAGACCUGCAACAGGCUUACGAGAUUCUGAGUGACCCAAAUGAACGAGCAUUCUAUGACAAGCAUCGCAACGACCACAUCGAGACCAACGACGAUGACUUCUACGACCAUGUCCGCGCCGGCGACACUGCGACCAAUGACAAGCGGUCCAAGUUUAACAACCGGAGGCGAGGAGACCCAGGCGUCAAGCUGGAGCAGCUGAUGCGGUUCUUUGACCCCAAGCUGGCGAGGAAGAUGGACGACUCGAACGAGGGGUUCUACUCGGUCUACCGCACGCUGUUCAACGUCCUCGGCUCUGAUGAAGUGCUGCACACUCCUGAAGGACAGACGUCUGUGUACUAUCCCACGUUUGGCGACUCGACUACACCCUACGCGCCUCCACCUGGCAUGACCAAGGCGGAGAAAGCCAAGACCCACUGGGUCCGCGACUUUUACGUCGCAUGGGGCGAGUUCACCACCGAGAAGCGCUUCGAGUGGCUAGAGAAGUGGGAAGCGCACCGUGGAGAGGACCGUAACGUCCGCCGACUCAUGGAGAAGGAGAACAAGAAACUCCGCGAGGAUCACCGCAAGGAAUACAUUGAUACCGUCAGGACACUGGUGGAAUUUGUUCAGCACCGAGACCCCCGCUACAAGGCAUACCAGGCGAAGCUUGCACAGGAGAAGAAGCAGAAGGCUCUCAACCCUCUUGCCUCUGGAGCCUCGACGCCGAGCUUCAAGGCACCACCUGUCGACGCCGAGGCGGCACGCAAGCGCGAGGAGGAGAGGAUGAGGCUGGCGGCGGCCCACGUGGAGCAGGAUUGGCAAAAGUUUUCCACCAAAGGGCCAGAGGACGAGGAGGAGGUUGACGAACAUGCGUAUGAGGGUGACGGAACCGGCAUCCGAAUGGAGGACGAGUCUGGCAACGAGAUCUUCGAGUGCGUCGCCUGCAACAAGACUUUCCAGAGCGAGGCGCAGUGGACCAACCACGAGAGGAGCAAAAAGCACAAGCAGGCGGUGUUCAAACUUGCCAAGCAGAUGCGCGCCGAGGCGGGCGGCUUUGACGACGACGACUUUGUGACGCCAAAAGAGGAGUUGUCGCCUGCGGAAGAUGCUCUUGACGAUGAGGACCUCGAACUUCUUGACGACGAUGCGGAGACCGAGCUGAUCGCCGAACUGGAGGAGCUGGAGAUCCAGGAGGCCACUGAGGAAUCGUUUGCCACAAUUCCUACUAAAUCGUCGAAGAAGAAGACCAACGGCGUGACUCAGCCAGAAUCCAAAACCUCGCCGGUCAAGGCUGCGCCUCCAAAGCCCACGCCAGCCCUGGUCGAGGACGAUGCCGACUCGGUAGCCGACUCGGAGCCCAAGCAGCCUGAGCUGUCCAAGCGGGACAAGCGACGCGCAAAGGAGGCGAAGAAGAAGGCCGAAGAGGAGGCAGCCAAGCAGGCCUGGAAGGAAAGUCGCAAGGCUGCCAAGAAGGCGGGUGCCGGACAGGCCCCUCCUGAGGAGCCUUCAUCGAAGAAGGUCGACGUCGACAGCCGAUUCGUUCAGCCCAAGACCAAGGGCAAGGCCAAGGGAGGAAAGGGCAAGGUUGAGAAGGUGGUGGUCAAGAAGGAGGAUGUCGACCGCGCUGUCACCGACAUCCAGACUGCGCGUGAGAAAAUGGUGGCGAAGUGGGCGGACGACUGGACAGACCUGGUUUCUCGCACGCGCUCAGUUCUUUUCUCUGGUGCCGAGAAGGUGGACUUUGAAGUGCUCUGCCUCGGGCUUGGCAAGCCAUUCAGCGACCGUACUGCCAAGAUCCAGCUCGCGUUCAUCCUCGAGCUUGUCUCUGGCCUCGGCGGUGAGCCGUCGAUCAUUGAAAGCUUCGACCCCGUCUUCGAGGACGGCGACCUGCAGGUCCUCGAGGCACUCGGCUGUACCGUGAUCGAAGAGAAUCUUCGCGGUCAGCACAUCAUCAGUGCCGAGAAACCUCACCUUGCCUACUUGCCGCACUGCUCAAAGGCUCUCUACGAGGCAUUACUGUCCACCAACUUUGGCCCGCGCCUUGCCAAUGCUCCUCAGUUUUUGCUCAUUGGUAACGACCUGGGUGAAUACCUUCCCGGCUUUGUUAGGGAGCCUGUGUCAUCCGUCUCAACCCCAGCCACCACUGAGCCUGAGACGGAUGAGUUUGUCAAGCCCAAGAAGAAGCGCAAGAACCGUGGGCCAUCGCCACGCCCUAUCGAGGACAGUGUGCUUCGACGCGUCGUCCCACACUUUGACACGCUCAUGUUGUCUGAUCUGCCUGAAACCAACCUGCCAGGCUUUGCCCGCGCCUUCUUGUCCACUGGCCUGCAGUGGUUGCCCGCGGCCAAGGUCAGCGAGGUCGACUGGGACAAGCCGCUGCCUCCAGUCGUGUGGCCCGAGGAUGGUGAGGUCGCGUAGAAUAGAGAGUUUGACGACUGCGUAAUCUCGUGCAUGGCGACGCGGCGGCCGAUGCUGCGUCGCCCAUCAUAAUUUCUGUUGUACCAUGCAAGCAAUGCCAC